CAAGACAGCUGGCUACCGUUUGCAGUUUUCAGCUUCGCGGAAUUUUGGGUGCCAAGUCAACAACACUAGAACUUGGUCUGUAGUUACGUGUUUGUCGAUAACGUUUGUCAGCGCUAGGUUAGCUAGCUAUCAUUGGAAUAGACAGCACUUUUUUGAGAAUUGAAUUUACAUUUUGUUUAUUUGAAUUGUUGUUGACUGAUAACCUAUUUAUUGGCACACUGCGCUGACGGUACACUAUUAGUUAGCCAGCCUGCUAGCUGUCGCUAGCUUGGUAUAAGAGUCUUCAUCCUUUUAGGUGGAUGCCACAGGUUACAUACAAGGUGAAAGUCAUGAGGAAACGAAAUCAAAGAUGGUGUACAACGCCUCCCUCAGUAACCCUGCGCAUCAACCCCUCAACUGCACACAGCCUUCAGCUGAAGAGAGGCCUUCGGAUGAAGCGACAAAAUAUUCAAGAGGUGCAAGGCCCACCAGAAAAGAGCCAUAACGGCCGGGGUCAUGACGACGCCGCUCAGAGAUCUAUCUCGUGGGGUCCAAGUCUUGUGAUUAAGCGUCAGGAGAUGGCUGCCUUCUUCAGACUGUUUGAUGAUGACCUUAUACAGGACUUUCUAUGGAUGGAUUGUUGCUGUAAAAUUACAGACAAGUAUUUGCUGGCAAUGACAUUUGUAUACUUCAAAAGAGCUCGUUUCAGCAUUCUUGAAUACAACAGAAGUCACUUUUUCAUUGCACUCUACCUUGCUAACACCAUGGAGGAGGAUGAUGAGGAGAGCAAGUAUGAGGUUUUCCCAUGGGCGCUGGGUAAGAGCUGGAGGAAGCAGUUCCCAGGCUUUCUGAAGCAGAGGGACAGGCUGUGGGCACGCAUUGAGUACAGAGCCGCAGUCAGUCGGCGCUGCUGUGAGGAGGUAAUGGCCAUCGUGCCAUCCCACUUCAUCUGGCAGCGUGAGCGUGCAGAGCACCACAGCGGGGCGCAGCGACAGUACCGCGACCGAGACGAGGUCCACCUCCCCCGUGGACCCUCAGCCGGCUCCCCUGAGCCCUGCGCCCUCUGUGCCAAAAGUGCCGCCCUCAACCCCUCCUCCUCUUCCUCCUCCUGCUCCUCCUGCUGCCUUUCCUCCUCCACCAACAGCUUCUCCGACUCCUCACCGCUCCCCUUCAGCCUGUUGCUCUCUUUGGAGAGCACACCACCACCUCUUCCUCCACCCCUGGGCCGAGCCUCCUCCAGGCCCAGCAGGAGAAACAAGCGUCAACGCUCCUGCCUCUGCUGCUCCCAGGACCCCGCAGUGGGAGGCCUGGCAUGUGAGGCAGAACAUGACGCUACAAUGGACUGGAUCGGCGAAGAGUAAAUUCAAAUAUAUAUUUGAUAUAUGAAUAUAUAUGUUCAUUAAUGUAUAUAUUCAUUUGUAGACAUUGAUCCACAAAGGGUUGGAUUUGCUAGGUCAUGUAUCUGUAUCUGUCAGAAAAGAAAGACCUUUUUGUAACACUGCUUAUUCAAAAGAGCUUCAACACUGGUCUGUAUAGGGUUCUUCAACCAGGUAAUGUGAACAUUUUGAAGCACAAGUUAAGUUAUCGGAAUCCAGAAACUUAAUACGCAUUAGUUACAAUUAAUUGUAAAUAUGUUGUGUGAAUUAUACAUACUUUUCAGUCACGAGGUCAGUAUCUUGAUAAAGUGUCACAACUCUGUAUAAUUUGAUGUUCUCUCACCAUCAGCUCUGGUUGGUGAGGGGCAGUUAUGUACUUUUGGUCAACAACCUGUGGUCAGGCUUGAAGAUAUUCACAGUAUUAUCUACCUGUACUCCAUUAGGAGCAUACUGCAUAUAAACAUAUGAGCGCCCCCAAUAAUGAAGUGAUGGAGUGGCUGAUGAAGAUGGAGGGGGUCCUGGGUGUUAUUAGCUGUUUUUGCGUUUGAACUCUGCUGCUGCUGUGUGACAAUAAAUACUUUAUGGAAAGUACCGAGGUUGUUGUGAAGAUGAAUUA